AUGGCUCCAGAGCCAAUCGAUACAAUACCAGAGGAUGAUCAGGCAGCCCCAGCCACUAUCGAUAGGAAUUCGAGUCGAAGGGGCGAUAGACAGAGCCUCUUUGGUACUGGAUCGUCAAUCGUACCGGAACCACCUGCGCCAGCUGAAAGCGAAAAGGACGACAAUGUCCCCAACCCAGUCGAAAGUACUGUGCAAGAUAUUGGGGCAGAAUCGAUACCGACUGUCGAUGAGCCAAUAGUGGAGUUCCGAGUCUGCGCAGGAAACUUGAUGUCGGCUUCUCCGUGGUUCAAUCGUGUUCUGACCAAAGAUGGUUGGAUGGAGUCCAAUACAAGUGCCGACGACAGAUUAUUCCACGUGUCCGCCGAGGACUGGGAUGAAGAGGCGUUUUUCAUCUUGAUGAAUGUGUUUCAUCUUCGCAACCACAGCAUUCCUCGCAAAAUCACCUUGGAAAUGCUGGCUAAGAUUGCGAUCCUGGUUGAUUACUACGAAUGUAGCGAAUCUGUUGACAUGUUCAUCGAUAUUUGGGUGGCAGACUUGCGCAAAACGAGUCCUGUCCCGACAACUUACUGUCGGGAUUUGAUACUAUGGAUGUGGAUAUCCUGGAACUUCAAGCUAUCAGACCUGUUCAGGGAAGUAACGACUGUGGCUAUCCAGAAAGCUGUCGAGCCAGUGCGAAACCUGGGACUUCCAAUUCCAGCUUGGGUCACCCACGAAAUUGACCUCAGACGCCAUCGAGUAAUCGACUCUAUCAGAGCUGGGCUGAAUGCACAGCUUGCUACAUAUCGCAGUGCAAGAUACAUUUGUCCUGUCAACACUAGCUACUCCUUUCAGUGCGGAAGCAUGCUAUUCGGCGCACUGACGAAACAGAUGGAUUCAGCGCAGCUCUCGUCCCUUCGGCCUACAAACACGUUUCUGGGGUUGAGUUUCGAUGCUCUUUGUUUCGAGGUUCGAUUGAUAAAAUCGAGUCUAUGGUGGCACGACCACUAUCAUCAGCAUGACUGCAAUGUGAGCACGGCUGUCAAUUCCAUCGUAGAUUCGGCUGUGGCUGGUGUAUCCGGGCUAGGCCUGAGAAAGGAACUUGCUUCCUGGCAAUCUUUGAUGCGACAAAUCCACUGGGGGAGCGUUGCUCCUACUCACGAUAUCAGCACACGUAACAAAAUUGCCUCACAAUAG